AUGCUACAACAAUCUAUCUAUCUAUCUAUCUAUCUAUCUAUCUAUCUAUCUAUCUAUCUAUCUCUUUCUCUCUCUCUCUUUAUAUAUAUAUAUACAUAUCAGUUCGUUAUCCAAUGUAACACAUCAUUCCGUUCAUCUAUCUAUCUAUCUAUCUAUCUAUCUAUCUAUCUAUCUAUCUAUCUAUCAGAAUCUAUCUAUCUAUCUAUCUAUCUAUCUAUCUAUCUAUCUAUCUAUCUAUCUUAUUGUCUCAUCUCAUUAGUUCAGUAUCUACUGGUAUCUAUCUAUCUAUCUAUCUAUCUAUCUAUCUAUCUGUCUGUCUGUCUAUCUAUCUAUGUAACUCACCUCAUUUAUUAUCAAUCGAUCUAUCUUGUUGCUAUUGUUGUUGUUGUUCUUCUUUUUCUUCUUCUUAAUCUCCUGCUCCUAAAUCUUUUUCUUCUUUAUUCAACUUCAAUUUAUCUGCUCCUUCCCCCUCACCUACGUUGUUAUCCUUCUUCUUCUUCUUCUUCUUCUUCUUCUUCUUCUUCUUCUUCUUCUUUAUUUAACUUCUAUUUAUCUGCUCGUUCCUUUCACAUAUAUUGUUGUUGCUGUUGUUGCUGUUGUUGUUGUUCUUCUUCUUCUUCUUUUUCUUCUUCUUCGUUUUCUUUUUCUUCUACGUCUUCUUUUUCUUCUUCUUCGUCUUCUUCUUCUUCUACGCUGCACAUCAAAACAUUAUUCUUACAAUGGCUGAACAUAUUAUUAUUAUUAUUAUUAUUAUUCGGUUUAUUUGUCCUCAUCAUUUCCUACAUCAAACUCAUUUUCUUCUUCUUCUUCCUUGUCUCCUUCUACUUCCUCCUCUCCGCUUCUUUUUCUAUCUACUCCUCUACUUAUUCUCCUCCUCAUUCUUCUUCUUCUUCUUUCCCCUCUCUUCCUGCUUCCCUUCUUUUUCUCAUUUCUUAUUCUUCCGGAUAUUUCUCUCCUCCACCUCAUCCUCUCAUCCUCCUCCUCUUCCUCCUUCUUCUUCUUAUUCUUCUUCUUUCCCCUCUCUUCCUGCUUCCCUUCUUUUUCUUCUUUUUCUCAUUUCUUAUUCUUCCGGAUAUUUCUCUCCUCCACCUCAUUCUCUCCUCCUCCUCCGCCUCCUCCUUCUUCUUCUUCUUCUUCUUCUUCUUCUUCUUCUUUUAG